AUGCAUCAACACGGCAAGACAUCGGGAACAGAUGGUAGCGGGGCAACAGUUUCCCAGUCUUCCUCGGGUUUCAUGGAGACUCCGUGGCGCAUCUUUGAGUACGGUGUGGCAUCGGAGCAGGGCUCCCGGAAGACGAUGGAAGAUCAACACGCCAUGGUGGCAGAAUCGUUUCCAUUCUUUGCCGUUUACGAUGGGCACGGCGGCACGCAAUGCGCUGAAUUUCUUCGGGACAAUCUCCACACGUUCAUUUUUGGCCAGCCGGAGAUCGAGACCGACCCCGAGCGUGCAACACGUGCCGGGAUAGCGGAGGCCGAAAAUGCCUUCCUGACAAAGUGUGCUGAUGAGAAAAUUGAGUCGGGCAGUACUUGUGCUGUGGCCUUGGUAGUAGAUGACACUCUGAUCGCGGGGAAUGUCGGCGACUCGGAGAUAGUGCUGUGUCGUGCCGGCGCACCCAUUGUUCUGUCAACAAAGCAUAGCAUUCAGGACAACGUGUCUGAGGGGGAGCGCGUGAAAGCCUGCGGUGGUAGGAUAAUAAGCAACCGUGUGGGGCACCCCAAAUUUAACCCUCAGUUACUGAGCCUCGCCAUCACACGUGCUAUAGGUGAUGCUGGUUUUAAGCUACGCGAAUUCACUGAUGGCAAACCGUCCGGCGUUAUUGCCGACGCGGAGACACGAUCCACAAGAUUGACGGAUGACGACAAGUUUCUGAUCAUUGGUUGCGACGGAUUGUGGGAUGUUAUGUCGUACGAAGCGGCAGUGCAACUCUGCUCUCGCCUCGCCUCUGAGGGCGAAACCCCGAAGGCCAUUGCUGGUAGUCUGUGUCAGGAGGCUUUAAGGCAAGGGAGUACAGAUAAUGUCACAUGCAUCUACAUUAAUAUAAGAGCAAAGAGCUCAGCCCCGGGCUGUGGACAGCUCGGCAGUGGCGACCCUCUACACAAUAUGUAG